AUGAGUCAGAGCCAAGGCAGACCGCGGCAGUCCUCUCAAAGCUCAGCAGCGGACCGAGGCACCUCAAAUCCUUCUGGCCAGGAACACUUCCGCGGUUACACGCCUGUCAACCGCCCGCGACAUCUAGAGCCUUCAGAGAAGCUACAACUAGGCACCGCCGUUCUCAGUGCAGGCUCUGACGCCGUGCUGUUGGCAAGGCGAGCAAGAAGAAGCGAGCUGCACGCGUACCGUGCCGGCACGUCGACAAUUGCGGAGGACGUCAACGAUGGUACCGUGAAUGCUGCGAGUGCCUCCAACGAAGAGCUCUCGAUGUCCAUGGGCUCUCAAGUGGAUUGCAGCACAUCUGAUGAUGAGUCGCCUUCCGUAGCUCGUCGCAGCCGCAUACAAUCUCAACAACUGGACAUGCUGGACAUGGUCGAGAGCAGUGAGGGCGUCGACUUCUCCGAGCCUGUCAUUGUCGAGGCACCGUCAUCGAUACCGUCUAGUCCCUCUCGCGGCAGAAGCAACAGUCACGUUCCGAGCCCGACUUCUGCUCCAGCACACCCGCGUUUCCCGAACUCUCGUCUACGUUCUGGUAGCCUGUUUCAGGAGAAAGGUGGAGAAGCAGGUCCAAGAACAGUGCAGUGGCAUGACGCCGUCGCAGGAGGCAGCGACAUGAUUGCGGUGCCUGCACCAUUUCUUCAUCUGCCUUCGCUCACAACGCUCCGUCAGGUCUCCUCAGACUCGCAGCAUCAUCCAACACCUUUCUGCAUGCCAAGUAGCGGACACGUUGCUCUUGGCUCGUCAGCGUCCAACGCUGUCCGCAGUGACGUCGCAGCCGAAAGUAUCAUCAAGCCUCACAAGGCUUCGAAUGCAUCCGCCACUGCUCGAAAGAUCUCUGGAACGAGCACUCGCUCGAAGAGCACGGCAAACACUGCGAAUACAUCUCAAGACCUAGCAGACAUGAGCUUGGAUCGCUCCUGUUCGCGCAACACGCCUGAUACUUCUCUCGAAAGCAUUACAUCCGCGCACUGGUCAAUUCAGGCCUUCCUAGACGCUCAAAGCGAGGCAAGUGGAUCGUCGAGGCCCCCGCACGAAGUCGCGAUCGGUCAAGCCAUUCUUGAGAGCAAGCUUGCUUCGCAAAUCCGUUCUGGGGCAGCCGCCAAAGCUCUUCCUGGCGAUUCUUUGAACACUGCAACGUCGCAGCUGAACAAUGACUAUGCAAUUGCUACCGAUCCUAAAGCGAUGGUGGAUCGACCUGUUCUCGGUGCUGCCGCUCGCAUGCGUCCCAAGUCGCACACCGUCAGCGGCGCUGAAUAUUACGUCGUCAACGUAGCAGUGCCGCUCAAGGGAGUGGAGGCGCCACAUCACCCGUUUACCACUUCGUUCCCGACGACAGACGCCACCCAUCGUCUUGCUGCCGGCCAAGCUCGUCAGGUCCCAAGAGUGCGCUCGACGACGUCUCAUGAAACGACUACAUCGUCUCACCAAAGAGCUGUAGAAGAAAAUUCGGCGACAAGUCGCAGCGCCUGCGAGUCGGUCCUCACAUCGCACCCAUCUUUUGUCGGCAAAUUUUCUCCCGGCAUACGUCCUGAUAAAAGUCUCGCCAAAGGUCGAGGGGGUUCAUUUUACACCGCCGUGCAUACGACGCCUGCUGAAGAGGAAGCGAUCGCAGCUGCGAUUGGCGCCGGCAUCUACAGAUGCACCUCGCCUCUAGAGCAUGUAGAUGAGACUGACACGGUGCCAAGCGACCUCACGGAGUGUCAGCUCUGCGGCUGCUACUGCAGAUAUCUCACAACCCUGAACCCUUGCGGUCAUCAAGCUUGCGCGACGUGCACCUCGAACGGCAUCAAUCAGGUCUCUGCUUCGCCGCCUCGUCCUCAUACCUGCGCAAAUUGUCUCGUACCCGUACAGGGUAUCAGUCUCGCAUCUAGCAUAGCACAUGGCACAUCCGGCGCCGCUCCGAAGGUACCGAGUGACACCUCUGCGCUUGCGGACAGCAGCAAAAUUGCUCGAUCUGAACAACACAGGAAUGUCAAGGUAGACUCGCCGACUGACGAAGCUAGAGUCAGGACCAUAUCUCGCAAUCAGGAGCCGGGCAACGCAGCUGCCUAUUCAACUCCUUCUCCGGAGACGACCUCUCCUCACUGGCAGCAGCUCCGCGGCACUUCUAUUACACAGGCACCAGCUAUUGGGGCCGUCGUCCGCAUCGAUAAUAUUCCGUGGACGGUGGCUCAAAGUGAAAUUGUCGAAUGGAUUGCCGACAUUGAUGGCGUUCUUGCCGACUUCGACGUUGUUCCUCAGCCCGUGCACGUUCCUAUCGAGCUUCCUACAGGCAAGACGUCAAGCUCCUGCUUCAUCGAAUGUCGCGAUCGUGCAGCGGCCAUGAAACUCAUUCGAAAACGCAACAACACCAGACUGCGUGGAAGACCAGUCAGUCUCAUCAUGUCAACUCCUCAAGCGCUGCGCAACGAGAUCUUGCCCUCUUACGCAACCUACGCAAGCGGACUUCUACCGCAGACUGGCGAAGGCCCCGUCCAUUUCUCUGAAUGGGAAAUGUUACAACUUCGUAGCUUGCUGACCAAUGGGUCACCACAGCUGAAAGGACCCGUCAAGGUGGUAGAUUACGUCACUUCAAUUCUGAGGCUUCUCCCUCAAAGUACGUCUCCGUACUUGGUUUCCUUGGUCGACAAUUGUCUGCGAGACAUCAUUUCCGCCGUGUCAGGCACUCGGGCUGAAAAUACGAGCUUGCACACCUCUUUCGCAAGGUUACUUGCACAAGUUGUAGUAUGUCUUCCUCUCUUGCCGGACCAAAAGCUCAGCCUUGUGCAACGGGGAAGAGCAGCUGCACGCGAGUUUCCCGACGAAAUCAGGGCUAUGAUAGAUCGUCUUGUCCGGAAGCUAGAGACGCUCGAUAGCCAGUCGCCAGCCACGUCGUCGCAAGAUGCCCAUAUCCGUGGACCAGCCACGCCUUCUCCCAGUAAUCUUGCUGAACCUUUGACUUCGAGAGCCUGGGGGCCUACUCGCGAAUAUCCACCAAUGCCGGCGCGCAGUACCGAGAACCCGAGCAUCACUCACAUGGGCCUGGGAAUUGCUCAAGGCGUGUUGAGCGCUCCACCGUUCUUUUCCCCAGCGGGUCCGCCCUUGGGCGAGCACGGGCUAGGUGUCCAGCAUCUACCCUCGCCGCAUCUUGUCUGGCAACCUCUCUACCCUUUCGCAUGGCCUGCACCACCGCCUCAUGGGCCCGACACUCGGAGCCCUGUGGAGCCACAAGCAGCUCUGCCGCCCUCUUUCUCCUCGCACAUCACUUCAGAAGUAGUACGCACGCACAUGAUGGGUCUUCUUCCCGGCCUGCCCCCACAAACUUCAUCGCAGCAUCCCCUACUGUGUCCUCUUCCAUCAGAUGAUCCGGUCGCGUUUGAGGCAUACAUCUCUAGAUUGGCCAACGAGCUUUCGACACAGGCCCUGUACUCACAAGACCCCGAUCAGCCACCAGCUUCAGGCUGA